AUGGAAGAAUCCAAAGUGAAGCUGCAUGGCUUUGGGCCAAGCCCCUAUGUAUACAAAGUGAUAUGGGCACUCAACUUGAAGAAUAUAGAGUAUGAGUACAUAGAAGAGGACUUGUCCAAUAAGAGCCCUUCUCUUUUGGAGUACAAUCCGGUUCACAAGAAGGUGCCGGUUCUAGUCCACAAUGGCCGUCCGGUGGCUGAGUCGGACGUGAUACUCGAGUACAUUGAGGAGGCGUGGCCCAAUCAUGGGCCCGCUUUGCUUUCGGCGGAUCCUUAUGAGAGAGCUGUGGCGCGUUUUUGGAUUGAUUUUGCAGGAAAAAAGGACAGGACAUUUUUUUCGUUACUCGUGACUACGGAUGAAAACAAAGAGGAGAGGACAAAAGAAGUGCUCGACACACUCAAAAUCAUUCAAGACCAAGCUUUGGGAGACAACAAAUUCUUUGGUGGUGACAAAAUCGGGCUGGUGGACUUGUCGUUCGUGUGGGUUGCCCAUUGGUUGGAGGUCAUACAGGAACUCGGGGGCCUACAUGUUUUCGGACCAAAAGCUCUGCCCAAACUGCAUCAAUGGACCAUAGAUUUCAAACAAGAACCUGCGAUUAAGGAAAAUCUUCCGGACAACAACGUAUUGUUUGUGCACUUUGGAAAGUUGAAGAAGAGGCUCACGUCGCAAAAGGGAAAUCCAUAG